CGCUUCGACUGGAGAAGGGCGCGGCGGGCAUCCUUCCAUCCCUGCCGACCGCCGUGCAUGACACUGACAAGGACGGUCCAGUCGAUUCGCCGCGUCACCCGCUUCUCGAUGCAGCAGGACCUGCGCACCUCUCUCAUGGGCAGCAGCGCUGUCAGCCACAACAACCUCGGGACGCUCAACGGCGUGUUCGUUCCCUGCCUGCUCAAUAUCCUUGGUGCGCCGCUCUUCCUCUUUGUCGGCUUCUCCGUCGGCAUGAUGGGCUGGCUCGGCUCUCUCGCCAUCUUCGUCUUCUGCGAGACGCUCGCCUAUCUGACCAUCUCGUCCUUCUCGGCGCUCGUCACGAACGGCCGCAUGCGCGGCGGGGGCGCCUACUUUAUGAUCUCCCGCUCGCUCGGGCCCGCGUUUGGCGGCUCGUCGGGCCUCCUCUUCUGGCUCACCUACUGCCUCAAUGUGACCUUCAACACCCGCUCCUUCACGGACGUCGUGUUCCAGACCUUCUUCGAGCCGCAUACCUCCACCUUUUCCAACAAGCUCGCCUUCUCGUCCGCCGUCCUCUUCCUCCUCUUCCUCGUCGCCGUCAAAGGCGCCGGCGCCUUCGCCCGCGUCAACGGUCUCAUCUUUGCCGGCCUCACCGUCGCGCUCGCCGCCGCCAUCGGCUCGGUCUGGCUGCAACGCGAGGCGCGCGUCAUCGUGCCCGACCUUGGCGAGCUGCAGUACACGCCGUCCGGGGUCGGGCUCGACGGCGUGAGCGCCUCCUACCGGCCGUGGGCGUGGGACGCGCCCUGCGUACCCGCCGACUUCCUUCUCGACGCCGCGCUCCUCGACGGCGGAUCGGGCGGCGGAGGCGGGUCGGGCGGCGGCGGAUCGGGCGAGUGGUGCUUUGUGAACGGCUCCGGCCGGUACGGCCUCAGGCACACGGCACUCCCGAGCCCGGUCCUGUCUGGCCAGUGCGACCCGAGCCCGCACUCGACGCUGGGCGAGCUCUGCGACUUGCCUCGCGUCUUCAGCUUCGUCUUCCCCGCCGUGGUGGGAAUGAUGGAGGGCGCGGACCUCUCCGGCGACCUGCGAGAC